AUGAUUUUCAAAGGUCUCAUUCGAUAUCCACGGUUUGCCAGCCGGUAUGUCGAUCUUUAUCCUGGCGAAUUUCAAAUUGCUCCGCAAAUGUCUAGCGAAGCACAAAUUCCCAUUUUUAAAGACCCACCACCACCGUAUAUUCAAAAUGUAGAGGAAAUACCCGCACCAUCGGGAGGACAACAACAACAACAACAGCAACAACAGCAACAACAACCACAACAAAUCUACACCCCACCAAAAUUUCGUGAUGUACCAGUUGAAGCCCGAUGCCCAAACUGUGGUUACACUGGAGCCACACGAGUUAAAUAUGUUAGCGGUCUUCUUGUUUGGCUAGCUGUGCUGGUAUUAGUUUUGUUUGGAUUUAUUUUGGGUUGCUGUCUCAUACCAUUUUGUGUGAAAGCUAUGAAAGACACGAAACAUCUUUGUACGAAUUGUGGAACAACUCUUGGCUCUUAUAAAAAGUUAGAAAGUGCGUUUAAAUAG